AUGGAAAGCUUCUUUUUUGCUCACUGUUUGCACUUUUGGUUUUUGGCCACUUUUUAUCUACGAACUAUUGAUUUCUGUUUCUGUUCGAGUGAUGGAGUUCCCCGCAGUGUGAGAUCAGUAUGCAUGGAGGAAGAGAGACAAGCGCUUCUCAGCUUCAGACACGAUCUUGCAGAUCCUUCCGGUAGGCUUUCUUCUUGGAUUGGUUACGAGUGCUGUCAAUGGAAAGGAAUUUCAUGCAACAACCUCACUGGUCAUGUUGUGAAAAUGGACCUCAGUAACGCAUACUGUUCCAUUUCCUAUGAGGAGUGGGAACUGUGGGAUGAGGUGGCUUGCAGAAGGUCUCUUUUGAGGGGUGAGAUAAAUCCUUCAUUUCUCAGCUUGAAACAUUUAGAUUACCUAGACCUAAGUUGCAAUGAUUUCAAACUUCCUCUUUUCAUAGGCCAGCUUAAAAGUUUGAGGUAUCUCAAUCUCUCUGCCUUUUCAUCAUCUGAGGGAGUGAUUCCCGAGUCAAUUUAUAGGGAAUUGGGAAGCCUCAAAGAUCUGGAAGAGCUUGAUUUAUCUAUUAAUGGCUUCGAAGGUCAAGUUCCGAGACUCACUAGAAAUCUUCCGAAUAACAAUUUUGUUGGGGGGCUUCAGGAGCUGUUGGAUGGUUGUGUAGGAUGUACAAAUGAUAAACUAGUGUCAGUAGAUUUGUCUUUGAAUAGGCUAAACUGCAAAUUUCCUGCUUCACUGGGGAUGCUCCACUCUGUGCAACAUGACAAACUAGGCAAUUCUUACAUUGAGGAGAAAUCAGUUGUCUGGAGAAUUCCCUCAAGCAUGGAGUCUGUGGAGCAAUAUACUGGAUUGAAGAGUAUCGAUCUUGGAAGCAACCGAUUCACUGGAAACCUACCUUCAAAAAUUUCUGAUGAAUUGUUAAUCCUACGGCUACGAUCCAACUAUUUCAGUGGGCAUAUACCCCAUGGGUUGUGCCUUCUUCCCAUUCUUCAUGUCUUAGACCUUGGUGACAACAACUUUUCAGGGACUAUUCCCAAGUGUUUUAAUGGAAUGUAUUCCUUGGUUGAAAGUUUUUCCAAUGUGAGUCACUAUGAUAGUUACGUUGAGCAAAUCACAUCGAUGUCAAAAGGAACAGAACUGAUAUACAACACGACUCUAUUUUUCGUCAACAUCAUUGAUCUUUCGUCAAACAAUUUAGAAGGCAAAAUCCCUGAAGAAGUAAGUAGCCUCGUUGAAUUGGGUACCUUGAACUUGUCAAGAAAUCAUUUAAGCGGACAGAUUCCCUCGAAGAUUGGAAAUUUGCGAUGGUUGGAAACUCUUGAUCUCUCACAUAAUCAACUCUCGGGACCGAUUCCUCAAAGUUUGUCUUCUUUAAUCUCCUUGUCUCACUUGAAUUUGUCCUAUAACAACUUGGCCGGAAGAAUUCCCUCGAACACACAACUUACUACACUUGAUGAUUCAUCAAUAUACGAAGCCAAUCCAUUAUUGUGUGGGGUUCCUCUUGCAACCAAGUGCUUGGGAGAUAGCACACCUGCUGCUCUGGAUGGGAAAGACAACAAAGAUGAAGAUGACAAUGAAAAGCUUGGUUUCUAUGGUAGCAUCGUACUCGGCUUUAUCAUAGGCUUUUGGGGUGUUUGUGGCACAUUGGUUGUCAAGAAUUCAUGA